UAGCCGCGGCCCCUCUGAGAGCGCAGCGGCACCCGGCUCGGCGGUGACUCGGGUGGCAGCGGUCGGCGGGCUCGGCGUCUCCCGUUCCCCCGGGCCGACUGUCGGGACACACGUGGGCGGCGGCGAUGGCCCGCGCCCCGCGACGUGGCAGGCAGGCACGGGGGCGCGGGACGGCGCGGCCCAAGUGAGCCCGGGCCGCACUCCCGCCCUCGGCCCGGGAUGGCCGUGUGGCUGCCGCUGCGCCGGGCGCUGUUGCUGUGGCAGCUACUGGCGACGGGCGGCGCGGCGCUGGAGAUCGGCCGCUUCGACCCGGAGCGCGGGCGCGGGUCGGCGCCGUGCCAGGCCGUGGAGAUUCCCAUGUGCCGCGGCAUCGGCUACAACCUGACCCGCAUGCCCAACCUGCUGGGCCACACAUCGCAGGGCGAGGCGGCCGCCGAGCUGGCCGAGUUCGCGCCGCUCGUGCAGUACGGCUGCCACAGCCACCUGCGCUUCUUCCUGUGCUCGCUCUACGCGCCCAUGUGCACCGACCAGGUCUCGACGCCCAUCCCCGCCUGCCGGCCCAUGUGCGAGCAGGCCCGGCUGCGCUGCGCGCCCAUCAUGCAGCACUUCAACUUCGGCUGGCCGGACUCGCUCGAUUGCGCGCGGCUGCCCACGCGCAACGACCCGCACGCGCUCUGCAUGGAGGCGCCCGAGAACGCCACGGCCGGCCCCGCCGAGCCCCACAAGGGGCUGGGCAUGCUACCCGUGGCGCCCCGACCUGCGCGGCCCCCGGGAGACGCAGCUCCAGGCCCAGGCGGCGGCGGCGGUGGCGGCGGUGCCUGCGAGAACCCCGAGAAGUUCCAGUACGUGGAGAAAAGCCGCUCGUGCGCGCCGCGCUGCGGGCACGGCGUCGAGGUCUACUGGUCCCAGCGCGACAAGGACUUCGCGCUCAUCUGGAUGGCAGUGUGGUCGGCGCUGUGCUUCUUUUCCACGGCUUUCACCGUGCUCACCUUCCUGCUGGAGCCUCACCGCUUCCAGUACCCCGAGCGCCCCAUCAUCUUCCUCUCCAUGUGCUACAACGUGUACUCGCUGGCCUUCCUCAUCCGCGCUGUGGCGGGUGCACAGAGCGUGGCCUGCGACCAGGAGGCGGGUGCGCUUUACGUGAUCCAGGAGGGGCUGGAGAACACGGGCUGCACACUCGUCUUCCUGCUGCUCUACUACUUCGGCAUGGCCAGCUCACUCUGGUGGGUGGUCCUCACGCUCACCUGGUUCCUGGCAGCCGGCAAGAAGUGGGGCCACGAGGCCAUCGAAGCCCAUGGCAGCUAUUUCCACAUGGCAGCCUGGGGGCUGCCGGCGCUCAAGACUAUCGUUGUCCUGACUCUGCGCAAGGUGGCAGGAGAUGAGCUGACUGGGCUCUGCUAUGUGGCCAGCAUGGAUGCGGCCGCACUCACUGGCUUCGUGCUGGUUCCCCUCUCCUGCUACCUGGUGCUGGGCACCAGCUUCCUCCUGACAGGUUUCGUGGCACUCUUCCACAUCCGCAAGAUCAUGAAGACGGGUGGCACCAACACGGAAAAGCUGGAGAAGCUCAUGGUGAAAAUUGGGGUCUUCUCCAUCCUUUACACGGUGCCUGCCACCUGCGUCAUUGUCUGCUAUGUCUACGAACGCCUCAACAUGGACUUCUGGCGCCUUCGGGCCACAGAGCAGCCAUGCACAGUGGCCACUGUGCCUGGAGGCCGCAGAGACUGCUCGCUGCCAGGGGGUUCCGUGCCCACUGUGGCUGUCUUUAUGCUCAAAAUCUUCAUGUCACUGGUAGUGGGCAUCACCAGCGGUGUCUGGGUGUGGAGCUCCAAGACUUUCCAGACCUGGCAGAGCCUGUGCCACCGCAAGAUGGCUGCUGGCCGGGCCCGGGCCAAGGCCUGCCGGGCCCCCAUGGGCUACGGCCGUGGCACCCACUGCCACUACAAGGCCCCCACGGUGGUCUUGCACAUGACUAAGAUGGAUCCUUCUCUGGAGAACCCCACACACCUCUAGCAACAGGCCUGGCUCGGUGGUGGCUUCCUUCUCGUGGCUCUCCUCUCCCACCCCCCAGAGACAGCUGACUAGCAGCUGUCCAGCUGUCAAGGCCAGGCAAGUGAGCGGGAAGGGCUGAGGUUCAGGGUGGGGAUCUAGUGAGGCUCAUGGCCCUGUGUGCCCUAAUGCAGGGGGGGGGCUGCUACCUGAGUCCCCAGAGGGUUCUAGGAGAGAAUGUGGAGGGGAGGAGGGGGCAAGAGGGCAUAGUCCAGCAGGGAGUUUAUUUAAUGAUGUAAUUUAUUGUUGCGUUCUCUGGAAGCUGUGACUGGAAUAAACCCCCCACCCCGCUGUGUGGCACUGUGGACUUCUCUCUGGGCUGGAAUGGGAGUAGGUAAGGGCAGUGAGAGUCUUGCAGGAAGCUCCCUGUGAGUGCUGAGCUGGCCGGAGUGCUGGGCUGACCCCAGACCCCUGACCUGUGGCUCCACACCAAUCAGGAGGAAGUUCCCCUGAGGAACAGCUGUACCUUUCAAGUCCCAGUCUGUGUGUGUGUGCAUCUUUGUGUGUAGCCCUGUCUUUGGGACCUGAGUAGCAUGUCUCUGAAGUGGGACUGGGAUGCCUGCCAGGACACUGAGGGAAUCCCCAGGGAUGAACACUGCCACCUCUGACCCUGGGAUGUCUAGCCAGUUUGGGGCCAUGGGUAAGUUUUCCCUUUCUCACAGUUUGCUUUCCUCAUUUGUGUAGAAAAUGAGGGCGUCAACCUGUCUCCAACUUGUCUCAAAGCUCCCCUUCCCUGGGGACUAAGGCUGGAGGAUGACUGUCCCCAUGAAGGUGGCCGGUGUGUCCACUUCGCUCCUCAGGUCCUCCCAUCCCAUGCUGGAGGGGAAGAUGAGGCCAGACUGGCAGGGGGGCAUCCGGAAAGGGGAAGUCUGGAGUUUAGGAAUUGGGCCCCAGCUUGUAUGUGGCAGGAUUUGAAGGGUUGGCAGCAGCUGUGAGAAGGGGGCAGCGCUCCACACCAGGACAGCUUGCACAUUUGUGUGUUAGGGUAGGGAAAGGAACCGAGAGUGUCCAUGUCUUGGAUAAGGAAGCUCAGAGAUGAUGGGACUUACCUGCCUCACCUCUGUCCCCUUGGAAGGCAAGUAGGUAUGCAUGAGCCUCCCAGAGGCCUCUUGUCAAUUGAGGGUCAGGCCCCAGGGCUGUCUUAGCAUCUGCUUUAUCAGCUGGCUCUGGACCAGGUGAGGUCUCGGUGACCGUCCCUGGGUGUGUACAACACAACCAGCCUUCAGCUUCAAGAGAUGCAAAGGGCCCAGUCCUGCUUCCAGCCCCCUUUAGAGCCAAGAGGAGACCCAGUCUGGGGAGUUCCGUGCCUACAUUGCCUGCUUCCUGGCAGAAGCACUGAAUCCCCAAGUGCAGGGCCUCUCAACUGCUUUGCCCUGUGCUGGCAGCCACAGGGACAAGGAGGGACAAGGAGGUCCAAAGAGAAGCCAACAGGCGGGAUGAAGUUUGCGGACAGAUCAUGGAGCUUUAAGGCUCAUCCCCACCUGGAGGAGCAGGACUGACUUCAUCCCCAGGGGAACUGCAAUUGUGACCCCAUCUCCCCCACCUAUGCAGGGUUCUUGCACAGGGAACACCCUCAUCUCACCCUCUCUCCUCGCAGAGCACCGAUGUCCAUGCCCUUGACCAACAAAGCCGAGUGAGUGAACCACGCUCCUUGUGAUGCCCCCAUGAGCGCAAGGGUCUGUGAGCAGGAGAGCUAAGGAGCUCCCUGGGGGUAAGGAGCCUGCAGGGAGAGUGGGACAGGCUGCCCUGUGGGAACAGGGCUCGGUGACCUGGAGGAGAAAGGCAAGUGGCCCUGGGGACCAGCAUCAAAAGGGCACCACAAGCACCCUCUUCCCUCCAAUGGCCACUCAGUGGGAACAAGCCUGGCAGAGACCUGCAGGGUGACAGGGAGAAGAGAUGGAGGGUACAGAGGGCAUCGGUGCAGAUCACAAAGCCAGGUCCCAAGGGACUCUGCUUUGGGCUGUGGUGGGCAGGGCAGGAGGGCAGCUGAGGCUGCCUCUCAGCCCUGGAAGCUACCAGGGUUCAUUCCCACUGGAGCAGGACUGACCUGAUCCCCAGGGGAACUGGGGUCCCAGACCCCAGAGGAAAAAGAAGGAAGUACAGGUUCUAGUAACCCUUGCCAGGUCUUUACCUGGAUGGUACUCUCCCCAGUUUACAGACUCCAAGUACCUAGGGCUUGGCUGGCUCAAAAUCAGCCACUGUGAGAGGCCACACUAGGUGGUAAAACUCCAAAACCUGUUGAUUUCUGCAUAGGUUCCAUCUAGUCCUGUAUGAGGGACAGGUGUGUAGCUUAGGGAGGCCAUGUCCAGAGUGGUGCAAGGGGUGAGUGGGGAGACAAACUCUCUUCCAAAAGGAACAUUUCCGAGCCAAGCUAAGAUACCUCAGAAACCAGCCUCUCAAGAUUUAGCUCAGCGGCAUAAGCGCCUGCCUUGCAAGCAGGCAGUCGUGAGUUCGAUCCCUGGUACCAAUAAAAAGGAAAAAGACAAAAAAAAAAAAAAAAAAAAAAAAAAAAAGAAACCAGCCUCUCCCCACUCCAGUCCUGGUCCUGUGGGGGUAAGCUUGUGUAUGUGAAGCUGGGUUAACAGCAUCCCAGGCCUGCUUCUGUCUCUACCAGGGUAUGGGGUGAGGCCCUAUGCAGGAGUGGUGCCCUGAAGGAAGCAGUCUCAUGAAAAAGCCAUAGGGCCAGAGGAAAGAGGACAGGGCAUCAGGACUCGGCCGGUUGUUUGGGGGCCUUCCUCUUUGGGGCUGCUUCAGAAUCCAGAUACCCCCCUCUCCAGAAAGGUGAGGAUAAAGCAAAGGAUAAGGUGCACAGGUCUCAGAUGACUCCCCCAGGCAGGGUUCAGACCCAUCCUCUGGAAUACAGGUGUCAGACCGACACUUGCGGUGAUCACUUGGUAAUCAUUUCCCUCAAGGUUUCAGCCCUGGGAAGGGAGCGGGCAGGGGACGGAGAUGUGCCUGGAUGUUGAGCCCCACCAGGACACAGACCCUGGAGCAGGACCUGGCUCACAGGCACUAGCAAUCCAAGGAGGAACAGGACUUCUCAGGCAAAGCUGGGAGUGCUGAGUGCCACCCAGUGUCUAAAGUAUGCUGAGGCGUGGUGGUGCACACCUGCAAUCCCAGCAUGUGGAGGCCGAGUGAGGCAGGAGGCUUGUGAGUUCAAGGCCAGCCUAGGCAAGCUGCUAAGAUGUCUCAGCACAGGUAUCUCCUGCAGAGCUGGAGGCUGGAGCCAACAAACUGGUGGCAGCCAGUCUCAUGAUGCUGGGGAACCUGCUCCCCGCCAAGGACUGAGAAUCUCUUAAGAGCUUGGUGCGAGCCCUAUCUGAGGGCCACACUCAUGGAGGUCAUGAAGCCAGUGCAGAGCUUGCACCAGGGCACCACUGCUUUUCUUGUGACCCCAGCUCAGGGGUCAGGAUGGGAAGCUCUGCUUGGUAAAUGGCAUCGAAGCAGUAGCUCAGCAAAAUCUUUGUAUUCCACAGACAGGCUGCUGCCCUGCAGCGACCUACUCAAAUCAAUCUGACUUUAAAAAAUAAAUGAGUAUAAAUAAAACAAGAGUGGCCAUGUGUUAGAACUGUGCAAGCCGAGCACAUGGGAAUUCAUUAUACUUCUCACUUUCCCUGUAUGCUUGCAAUUUUCCUUGAAAAAUGUUUUCCAGUGUCAGGAGUUUCCCAAUAUUAAAAGACCAUACAAAUUCCCAUAGUGAAGCCUUCAACAAUACCUUCCGCCUAGUUCCAGGUGAAAUUUGGGGCUUUAGACAGAAACAAGGUCAGGAAAAGCUUGAUGGCAAUGGCCCAUUUACCCAGGUGGGCUUUGCUUUCCCUCAGGCCCAAGUGAUACAGUGGGCGCGGCCAAGCCAUCCAAUGGUCCUGCUGCACAUCUGCCACCACCCCAGGACACAAAGAAAGCCACCACAUUUGUUUCUUUAUAAACACAGGUACAUAAUGUUUAUUUGAAGCCCCAGUUUAUUACAAGUUCACCCUUUAAUAGGGCCCUUCCUCCUUAAAGACAAUUUAAAAACCAACCAACAAUGCAGGUGUCACUGAGGUGGGAACACAAGAUUCUCACUAGAACAAGGACAGACUGGACCUAUGACAAGAAGCAAGGGACGGCUGUGUUGGCUAGAAGGUCACUGCUCGCUCCAAGCCUGCAGAAGGGAUGGGACCCCACCCACCAGCCACUGGAGAGAACCCCCGCACCCCCUGGUAGGGAGGUGGGAGAGCCAGGCUCCCACCUGAGCGGCUUUCAAAGGCUUUCUUCAUCUCAGUCCGAGGGUGGCGAACCCUAUGGGCUAAAGAGCUGAGGUGCUCACAUUUUCCAAAUUCAAAGUUGAUAAGAAAAUUAAACCCUGUCUUAUACUUUUAUCAAAAAUCUGUCAUAAAAGGGAAAGACUACAAACUUUUGCCUAAAUGUAAUACCUAGGCUAGACUGGCGCUGAGAAGGCGCUCCAAGCUGUUUGCCGCCUCUCUCCACCCACUGAGAUGCACAGGUUGCAUGAGCUCCAGUCUGAAGCUGGUGUGAGGACUCGGGAGGCAAACCAGAGGCCGAGGGCCCACAGCACCACCAGACCUGGCACCUGCCUGCACGGCCUCCGACCCGGGUUCUCCGAAGGAGCAUGGCUGGCUGAGGCAGGACGGGGUGUAAAGCGAACACAUCAUCAUAUAAAUUGUACUGUACAUGUGCCAAAGCAAGAUGACAAAUAUUUUACAAGAUGUUCUUUAUACAGUAUCACUGCUAAAACAAGCAACUUUUAAUAACUAGAAAAGUCAAUUUAAAAAAUUAAACAUUACAGUCUUCCUGCUCCUCUUCUGCUCCCUAAGAGCUUGUCUGGUAUGUGGGUGGGCUGGGCUCCAACACCCUCUGGCCAGAUCCACCAAAGUAAAGGUUAUAAGCAUGAUUACAAGCAGGACUCCAGUCUCUAGUGAAGUGCCUUAAGUUUUUUGUUUCUUUUUCUGAGGGGGUGAGGUGAGGUGGAAGUAGGAGUGGGCUGUCACAAAGGGGGAGGGGGUAUGCAGGAAUGAUUCCAGGGAAUGUCCCUUUACUCUGCCAAGCUCAAAAGACCAAAACUGUCCCAUGAUGCUGGUGAACAGAGUUCUACAUGGCACUCACUGAUACAGUCACCUGAGGGGGGAAGGUGUAAGAGACAGUAUGGGUUUAAGGAAACAAGAUAGUGUAUAAAUAUAGAUUAAAAAGAAAAUCCCACCUCCCCAGUUGGCCUGGUUCCUCUUGAUCCUGCUAUGUAACAAUCACCCCUCCCCACAGGUCACAGGGGCAUGGUGCUGCUGUGGGAGCCAGCCUGGGAGGAACCUCAGGAAGGAAGAAAGAAAAAGGAACA